AUGUUGUCACAGGUGCUGUCGUUCAGUGAUGUGGCCGUGGACUUCUCCUGGGAGGAGUGGCAGCUGCUCGACCCUGUGCAGAGGAACCUCUACCAGGAUGUGAUGCUGGAGAACUACAGCAACCUCAUGUCCCUAGAAGUAAACUGGCAAGUUCCAGCUUGCUCCCAGGAGGCUGUUGAGAAGGACGCCCCUGUGGACAGAGACCAUGACGGUUACCUGUCAGGGGAAGUGUUUCCGCUGGAAGAAAACUGCGUUCUUUUAAUGGAACAACCCUACACACAUGUCUCAGAGGGAGCGAGCGUGCCAGAAAGCGCAGGGGCCCAGGUGCAGAGUGACAGCGGAGCGAACACGGCGUGCGAGGAGCUCUCCGGCCUCGAGAAGCCGUCUGUCCCCGUCCCGCCGGCACCGGCUCAGCCCCAGGCCCCGGACCGCGACCAGAGCUCGCGUGUGAGGACCUUCAACGGGAUGACCAACGUCAAGCGGCAUCGCAGGAUUCUGCCCGAGGAGAAGCCCUUCGAGUGUGACGAGUGCCCGAAGGCCUUCAAGUACAAGUCCAAGCUCCUCGUCCACCAGCGCACGCACACCGGCGAGAAGCCCUUCGACUGCACCGAGUGCCAGAAGUCCUUCCGCACCAAGUGCCACCUCCUCCUGCACCAGCGAAUCCACACCGGCGAGAAGCCCUACGGCUGCGUGGAGUGCCAGAAGUCCUUCCGCACCAAGUACCACCUGAUCCUGCACCAGCGUAGCCACACGGGCGAGAAGCCGUACGCGUGCCAGGAGUGCGGCAAGGCCUACAAGGAGAAGACCAAGCUCAAGCUGCACUACCGCACGCACACGGGCGAGAAGCCCUUCAAGUGCGACUGCGGCAAGGCCUUCAUCCAGCGCGCCAACCUCAUCAUCCACCAGCGCGUGCACACGGGCGACAAGCCCUUCCGCUGCAGCCAGUGCGAGAAGGCGUUCAGCAGCCGGCCGCAGCUCAUGGUGCACGUGCGCAUCCACAGCCGGGACACGGCCUUCGAGUGCCUGGACUGCGGCCGCGUCUUCGGCAAGCACUCGCAGUACGCCACGCACCGGCGCAUCCACACGGGCGACAAGCCCUUCGCCUGCACCGAAUGCGACAAGGCCUUCGUCAUCAUGUCCCAGCUGGUGGUGCACCGGCGCACGCACACGGGCGAGAAGCCCUUCGGCUGCGGGGACUGCGGCAAGCGCUUCAACAAAAAGUCCCACUUCGUGACGCACCGGCGCAUCCACACCGGUGAGAAGCCCUUCGCCUGCGCCGACUGCGGCAAGGCCUUCAUCGACAACUCGCAGCUGGUGGUGCACCGGCGCACGCACACGGGCGAGAAGCCCUACGGCUGCGGGGACUGCGGCAAGGCCUUCAACAAGAAGUCGUCGCUCAUCACGCACCAGCGCAUCCACACGGGCGAGAAGCCAUACGCGUGCAGCGAGUGCGGGCGCGCCUUCAUCGACAAGUCGCACCUCAUCGUGCACCGGCGCAUCCACACCGGCGAGAAGCCCUUCGAGUGCGCCGAGUGCGGGCGCGCCUUCAUCCGCAAGGCCAUGCUCAUCGUGCACCAGCGCACGCACACGGGCGAGAAGCCCUUCGUGUGCUUGCAGUGCCAGAAGGCCUUCAGCAGCAUGGCCCUGCUCAGCCGCCACCACCUCAUCCACACCGGCGAGCGGCCACACGGCUGCAGCGAGUGCGGCAAGACCUUCCGCCAGAAGAGCCACCUGACCAUCCACCAGCGCUGCCACACCGGCGAGAAGCCCUACGGCUGCGCCCCGUGCGGCCAGAUCUUCAACCAGAAGGCGCAGCUGCUGCGCCACCAGCGCCGCCACACCGGCGAGCGGCCCCACCAGUGCGGCGAGUGCGGCAAGACGUUCUUCGAGAAGUCCUACCUGCGCGUGCACCUGCGGAGCCACGCCGGGGAGAAGCCCUUCCAGUGCAAGGAGUGCGGCAAGACCUUCGCGCUCGAGUUCUUCCUCGCCGCUCACCUGGAGAUGCACGCGGAGAAGCAGCCCGCCACCGAGCGCAGCGGGGACUGGAAGGACUUCAGCGAGUGGCCAGCGGCCGAGUACAGGCGGGCGCCUGCCAGGAACAGCCCGUGA